UGUUUGCGACAGAUGGAUGCACACCCCACUCUUGGGACUACAUCUAGUCAUGCUGUCUGUCUUUGUGUGCUGUGCGGUUUGCCUGCAGCGGGGAAGUCGACUUUAGCGCAAGUGAUCUCCACCCAUAUUUUUAAGCAAGACUGGGGGACUUUUGUCCUGUCGUACGACGAACUUAUAUCUGAGGACGCUUUCAGUGUUGAUACGUCUAAAAACGAUGAUACGCUCCCUAACGCACAAACCAAAUGGAGGCUCCACAGACAAACUUUGCUGUCCUGUCUGGACUGGUUUCUGGGGAGCUCUGCUCAUACGUCAGUGUCCAGUGACAGAGAGGGAGAGGUUUGGCUCCGCUUUUACAGUGCAGUCCAGAAGCAAAAUGUGUUGACUGCAUGUGAAAACUCCCACGCUCUGCCUUCACGUCUGCUCGUUCUGCUCGACGACAACUUUUAUUAUCAAAGCAUGAGAUAUGAAGUCUGCCAACUAGCAAGAAAACACUCUGUUGGGUUCUGUCAGGUGUAUCUGCAAUGCUCUUUGGAGUUAUGUUUGGGAAGGAACCAGAGGAGGAACCAACCUUUGCCUGAUGCAGUUCUCCUGGACAUGUCGAAGCGCAUGGAGCCUCCAAAUCCCAACAAAAACCCAUGGGAGCAGAGGAGCCUUACGCUGCACAGCACGGACCACCUCACUGAGAAGGACAUUGAGAAGUUCAUGCACUUGAUCUCGUCUGCAGUGGAAAACCCCCUGAGCCCAACUGAAGACAACUCAGAGCAGAGGGAGGCAGACAAGCAGGCAUGUGCGUCCAGUGUGGUGCAUCAGGCGGACCAGACGUGCAGGCGCCUAGUGUCUAAGGCUAUGCAGACAGCUAGAGAGAACACGGUCUCCUCCGAAAGCAUGAAGGUUCUAGCCAAGGAGCUGAAUGAGCUGAAAACCAGAUUCCUGCAGGAUCUGCGAAAACAAAUUCUCCAUGACCUCCCUGUCAGUGCAGGUGAGCCUCUGGACGUGGAGGGGAUCGUGAACAGGGCAGUGCGGGUUUUUAACCAGGAGAGAGAUGACAUCUUGCUGAGACAUGGCAUUAAUUCAGAAGCAAAAACUAUGUAACAGGAUGACAUUCAUCAUUCAGAAUCUCUCUUUUCUUGCAAAAUAU